CUUUCAGGGAAUGAUUAAUACCAUGUUACCCGUUGUACAGUAAUCUGACUCGUAUUAAAAAAGAGAGAUGGAGACUCACUCCUCAGGUAUUUAUUAUUUGAUAAGAAUGAUACAGUCACAUGUCACUUGGAUGAACGAAACUAUGAUGUGAAAGGCGGAAAUGACAAGGUCGGAUCUGAGAUAAGAUACGAAACUCAUCUGAGGUAUAACACGGAUAAAUGAUGUGCUUCACGUAUCUUAUCUCACUUCUCUCGCGGCUCUUCGGCUGGAUAUAUCGUAAAGUGAUGAUUUCUGAUGAUGGGCACGAAACGCCCGUGUUUUUCGAUCUCGAGACAACAGGACUUGACACAUCAAGCUGUGAUAUCGUCCAGCUGUCUGCCGUCAGCGGAGAGAAUUCGUUUAACGCGUACAUGGUGCCCCGGUGCCCUAUGACAGACGGAGCCGCUCGAGUCACGGGUCUGACGGUUCACGAGGGAACCUUACACCUCCACCGGCGACCCGUACCAACCACUCCGUACAGACAAGCGCUCACCGGAUUCAUUUCAUUCCUCAGAACCGUCAACAGACCCUUUCUUGUGGCUCAUAACAGCAGAAAGUUCGACUCGCCCAUUCUGGUGAGGGUUCUGAAGGAGUUCGGGCUGUCUGAGGAGUUUAGGGAGGUGGUGUCCGGGUGUGUGGACACAUUGAGUAUGAGCCGAGAGAUGUUCCGUCUGGAGAAAUACUCGCAGCCGUUCCUCGUCCAUCACUUCCUGGGACAGCCGUACGGAGCUCAUGAUGCGACCGAGGACGCCCGGGUCCUACAAGACCUUUACAGUGUAUGGAAACCCCGUAAAGAAGUUGUGAUGAGGCACAAAACCAUCAUGUAUUAACAGACAGUUUUUAAAGACACAACACAGGAAACUUUCAUUUAUAGUUAAUUAUUGUGGGAGACGAAAAGCGAACAAAACAUUCAGUGUUUAAAUAAAUGUUGAACCACGAAAUAGUUAUUUUAUGUAAAUAUAUGUUGAUGCAUAGAAAUAUAGGCACACAUUUGAGCUAAUAAUGUAAUUGACUUUUUCGUCUCCAAAGUAUACAUUUCAGAAUUUGUUUGUACUUGUCAUCUUCCUUAUUGGAAACCUUGAUCAGUGUGAAAUAUUGCAGUUUUUGUUUUUUACAACGUUUACUAAACUCAAUAAUAGUGGUUUAGUUGGUGAAAUUGUUCAUUUACAUUUCUGGUUCUGUUAAAAUGACAAUGGCUAAUGUUACACUAUUAGAAUUGAAUUUGUGCACUGAAUGCAAUUAACGUUUUUGAAAUAAUACAUCAUAACAUUGUACAUGGUAAAUCAUGUUUUUUCAUUUCAAUAUCAAUUAAACUGCAGAAGCACAACUCAAAAAUGUUUUGAUGUUACUUCUAAAAAUAAAUUGAAAAAAAAAC